UUUCUUUGGCAAGCAUGUACUAAUAGCUUACCCACAAAGGACCUCCUACGCAGGAAAAGAGUGGACUGCGAUGCACUUUGCCCUCUUUGCGAUAGCUCGGAAGAGUCCAUCUAUCACCUUCUUGUGGAAUGUACUUAUGCCAAAACAUGCUGGACACAUUCAGGUAUGCAGGUCAGUGUUACCAGGGAGCCCUCCUUCUCAGCAUGGAUCAGCAACAACACGGCCAUGUUAACCAAAGAUCAUCAGCGGUUGCUUGCUAUUAUCUGUUGGGAGCUCUGGCGUCAUAGAAAUGAAAAGCUGUGGAACAACUCAUCAAUCCCCCGUGCAGAGCAGCUUGUUAGAAAUGCUAAAGGGUUCCUGAAGGAAUGGACUGAUGCUAAGGGACUGAAAUUCUCUCCACAACAGGGCCUCCCUGAACCGAAUCAGAAGUGGACAAAACCGCAACCAGGAUUACUUAAAAUGAACGUGGAUGCGGCGAUAAAUAUCCAGGAAGCAGCUAUGGGCCUUGGCAGCGUGAUUAGGGACGAGGAUGGAAAGUUCAUUGCUGCAAGGGGAGAACAAUGGAAGGGUUUAUUCGCUCCUAGGGAAGCCGAAGCAAUCGCGAUCCGUGAAGCUUUAAGCUGGCUUAAACUGCACAACAUAGACAAUGUUCAUGUAGAAUCAGACUCUCUGCAAGUUGUUCAAAGCCUUAACUCAAAUGGCGGAGUGUAUGACUUCUGUAAUGUGUUUAUUUGAUCAGCGAACCAGACGGCCCAUGUACUAGCAGGCAGUCUUGUUCUGUGUCUGAUUACUUGGAGUGGUUCUUCAACCCUCCUUCUAUCAUCUGUAAUGUGUUGAUUUCCGAUUUAAGUUAAUGAAUUCUCUUCUUGUUUUCAAAAAAAAAAAAAAAAA